CGACGGUGCCAAACAGCUGUAGCUCGCGGUGUCUGGCGCUCGGUGGGUGCGGUUGCCCCUAGUUUGAGGCCUGCCGGAUUACCGGCAAGGCUUGGGCUGGCCCCGGGCGCCGCCGCUCCUCUGACCACAACAGGGAAAGGAAACCUUAAUCUCAUCUUUAAAAUGAGAAUUACUGAGUGACCCAAAGGACCCUUUUGAGUUGGAAAGACUUAUUUGAACAGCUUAGUAUGGCCUGAUGGCAUCGCUUUUAGAACAGUGAAGGGGAAACAAACAAAAGGCAUUGACCAACACUGUUUGGAUGAAUCUGACCAUUUCUGAGGAGAGUUGAAUGUUGUUUCUGUAAAUGAACGAACCAGUUCUCUCUUGUUUGGAGCAAUGCUGAAAUUCCAAGAGGCAGCUAAGUGUGUGAGUGGAUCAACAGCCAUUUCCACUUGUCCAAACACCUUGAUUGCAAGAAGAUAUGUGCUUCAACAGAAACUUGGCAGUGGAAGUUUUGGAACUGUCUAUCUGGUUUCAGACAAGAAAGCCAAACAAGGAGAGGAAUUAAAGGUACUGAAGGAAAUCUCUGUUGGAGAACUAAAUCCAAAUGAAACUGUGCAGGCCAGUUUGGAAGCCCGGCUCCUCUCCAAGCUGGACCACCCAGCCAUUGUCAAGUUCCAUGCAAGUUUUGUGGAGCAAGAUAAUUUCUGCAUUAUCACGGAGUACUGUGAGGGCCGAGAUCUGGACUAUAAAAUUCAGGAAUAUAAAGAAGCUGGAAAGCUGUUUCCAGAAAAUCAAAUAAUAGAAUGGUUUAUCCAGCUGCUGCUGGGAGUUGACUACAUGCAUGAGAGGAGGAUACUUCAUCGAGACUUAAAAUCAAAGAAUGUAUUUCUGAAAAAUAAUCUACUUAAAAUUGGAGAUUUUGGAGUUUCUCGACUCCUAAUGGGAUCCUGUGACCUGGCCACAACUUUAACUGGAACUCCCCAUUAUAUGAGUCCUGAGGCUCUGAAACACCAAGGCUAUGACACAAAGUCGGACAUCUGGUCACUGGCAUGCAUUUUAUAUGAGAUGUGCUGCAUGAAUCAUGCAUUUGCUGGCUCCAAUUUCUUAUCCAUUGUUUUGAAAAUCGUUGAAGGUGACACACCUUGUCUCCCUGAGAGAUAUCCAAAAGAACUAAAUGCCAUCAUGGAAAGCAUGUUAAACAAGAAUCCUUCAUUAAGACCAUCUGCUAUCGAAAUUUUAAAAAUCCCUUACAUUGAUGCGCAGCUACAGCACCUAAUGUGUAGAUAUUCAGAAAUGACUCUGGAGGACAAGAAUUUGGAUUGUCAGAAGGAGGCUGCUCAUAUAAUUAAUGCCAUGCAAAAAAGGAUCCACCUGCAGACUCUGAGGGCGCUGUCAGAAGUACAGAAAAUGACACCAAGAGAAAGGAUGCGGCUGAGGAAGCUCCAGGCGGCUGAUGGGGAAGCCAGGAAGCUGAAAAAGAUUGUGGAAGAAAAAUAUGAAGAAAAUAACAAACGAAUGCAAGAAUUGAGAUCUCGGAACUUUCAGCAGCUGAGUGUUGAUGUACUCCAUGAACCUGAUGAACCGACUUUAGAGAACCUGCCUAAAUCUCAGCCUAUUCCUUCCCUGGACCUCAACAAACUUGAAUCAGUUGUAGAAGAUGCCACAUCUGACCUCGGAUAUCAUGAGAUCCCAGAAGACCCACUUGUGGCUGAAGAGUAUUAUGCUGAUACAUUUGAUUCCUAUUGUGAAGAGAGUGAUGAGGAGGAAGAAGGAACAGUGUUAUCAGGACCAGAGAAAGAAAUCAAGAAGAAGGAACCCCAGCCUGCUUACAGAACAAACCAACAGGACAGUGACAUUGAAGCAUUGACCAGGUGUUUGGAAAAUGUCCUGGGUUGUCCUUCUCUAGACACAAAGACCAUCACCAGCAUGGCUGCAGACAUGUCCCCAGGACCAACAAUUUUCAACAGUGCAAUGGCCAGGACCAAGAUGAAACGCAUGAGGGAGUCAGCCAUGCAGAAGCUGGGGGCAGAAGUAUUUGAAGAGGUCUAUAAUUACCUCAAGAGAGCAAGGCAUCAGAAUGCUAGUGAAGCAGAGAUCCGGGAGUGUUUGGAAAAAGUGGUGCCUCGAGCCAGCGACUGCUUUGAAGUGGACCAGCUCCUCUACUUUGAAGAGCAGUUGCUGAUCACGAUGGGAAAAAAACCUACUCUCCAGAACCAUCUCUAGGCAACUGUCAAAAAGAAGCAGAAGUUCAAGUGGACAAAUUUCUGGGAAAAUGCAUUUAACAUACAAGCUGAACUCUGUUAUGGGAAAUGGAUACAAAAGCAGAGCUCACAUCUUGACUUUUAAUUUCUCAUCAGAAGUCUUCUUUAGAGAGCAGUAAGCAUAGCAGCCUAUACUUGGAGUCCUAAGUGUUACUUGGACUAUACCCUGAGAUAAGCUUAAACAUCAAGUUUGGUUCCCUGAAAAGCAUUUCUCUCAUGCGCACCCUCAGGGCUUCCAGCAGGAUUGAGUCACUCUGAUGAUGACUGGGGAGAAGCCAUGUGCUCUUUAUCAUUUUUAGCUGGAGUCCCCAGCUCAGUGCCUGACUGCCUAGGGUCUCAUGGACUGUGGGCAGCCUGCCAGUAAAGGUCACUGGACCCUAGCCUACAACAUGCUGAGCUGCAGCCCAGAAGCCAGACAUGCCUGUCUUAGCUGACUUGUUUUUGGUCCACUUUUGCCCUCCUGAGACUAACAAGCAAGAUAUCUAUUUCAUACACACAUAAGGACUUGUAUUAAAAUCCAAAAAGUGAUUCUCUUCCAUGAUUUAUUUCAAACUCAUCCAUAGAUAAUUGAAGAUUUGUAUUCAAACUAAACAUAGUUUUCACAGUUACAAAAUAAAUCAUCUAUUUUAUCUUUUCCUUAUGUAAAACUUUUGUAUUAAAUGUAACAUAUCCAUCUUUUGAUAAUUAUUACUAAGAGCUGGUAAUAUUUGGUUCAUUUGGUGCCUGUUAUGUGCCAGUACAGUGCUUAGUAGUUUAAGGGCCGUCAUUGGAUCUUUUCACCAACUCAAGAGAGAGAGAGGGAGAGUAAAAGAUAGAGAAAAAGAUAGAGAAAGAGAGAGAUGCUCAGGUUGGGUAAUUUUCUUAGUCACUUGGCUGCAAGAAGCAGAGUUGGCAUUUCAACCCAGGUCUGUCUCAUUCCACAAUCCAUAAUCUUAACCACUGUCUAUCAGAAUUUUCAUUAGAUUUGCUCAUGAAGCUUUUUAAACAUAGACAUGUUUAAAAAUACUGUUUAUGAAAAAAUUAUUCUGACACUUACUGAAUGGCAAAAAGACUGUAAUCAGGACUAUUUUGAUAGGUAUCAACAAUAUUGCAAUAUGGGGGAGGCACUGGGCUUGACUCUGAAGUUUCUUAGCUAAAGCAAAGAAAACUAGAGAUUAAUAGCCAAGGACAAGGAUGGGAGCUUAGUGGAUGGAAAAUUUCUAAGAGAAGUAUUUAGUGGUUGGGGGUUGUCUUCAUCUGUUUAGUGUUGCUAUAA